UUUUCGUUGAACCCGUCUACUUUGCGUUGCUGAUUUACCACGUGCAAACCCCAUGCAACUUCCUUUUCUAUUCGGUUCACGAAAACUGUAAACAUGCCACUUGCGAAAGACUUGCUUCACCCGACUGCAGAGGAGGAGAAGAGGCAGUGUAAACUCAAGAGGCUCGUGCAGAGUCCCAACAGCUACUUCAUGGAUGUCAAAUGUCCAGGCUGUUACAAAAUAACCACAGUUUUCAGUCACGCCCAGACCGUGGUGUUGUGUGUCGGAUGCAGUACAGUGCUGUGCCAGCCCACUGGAGGCAAGGCUAGACUCACUGAAGGAUGCUCCUUCCGAAGGAAGCAGCACUAGACACCAAACACAACACCAGGGGGGGGACUUCAAGAAAGAAAAAAUCUUAAAAUGGGGCCUUGUUGCCCUGUGUAGUUGAUUGAUUAAACUGAUGGUUAAUUAUGGGAUUCCUAAAAAGGUCUCGUAGUUCAUAUCUGUGCUCCAUUUUCUUUGUUAAUUUAUGAUUACCCUGUGAUCAAUUGUGAAAACCAUUAAAAGUCAAUCAUCUACAUAGAAA